GUCCCGCCGGCUGUGUGUACACGUUGCAAGGGGGAGCGAGCUCUCAGGACCUUGGAGGAAGCCUGCUGCCUUCAUGUCCACGCUGCUCGUCCAUCAGCCCCAGUAUGCGUGGCUGAAGGAGCUGGGGCUCCGCGAGGAGAACGAGGGCGUGUAUAAUGGAAGCUGGGGAGGCCGGGGAGAGGUUAUCACGACCUAUUGCCCUGCUAACAAUGAGCCAAUAGCAAGAGUCCGGCAGGCCAGUGUGGCUGACUAUGAAGAAACUAUAAAUAAAGCAAGGGAAGCAUGGAGAAUCUGGGCGGAAAUUCCUGCUCCCAAGCGAGGAGAAGUUGUGAGACAGAUUGGCGAUGCCUUGCGGGAGAAGAUCCAUGUGCUGGGAAGCUUGGUGUCUUUGGAGAUGGGGAAAAUCUUAGUGGAAGGCGUGGGAGAAGUUCAAGAGUACGUGGAUAUUUGUGAUUAUGCUGUUGGCUUAUCGCGGAUGAUUGGCGGACCCAUCUUGCCUUCUGAAAGACCUGGCCAUGCGCUCAUUGAACAGUGGAAUCCUGUAGGUUUGGUUGGAAUUAUCACUGCAUUUAACUUCCCUGUGGCUGUGUAUGGCUGGAAUAAUGCCAUUGCGAUGAUCUGUGGGAAUGUCUGCCUCUGGAAAGGAGCUCCAACAACUUCCCUCAUUAGUGUAGCUGUCACAAAGAUCAUAGCCAAAGUUCUGGAGGACAACAAGCUGCCGGGCGCCAUUUGUUCCCUGACUUGUGGUGGAGCAGAUAUCGGCACAGCGAUGGCCAAAGACGAGCGGGUGAACCUGCUGUCCUUCACUGGGAGCACUCAGGUGGGAAAACAGGUGGCCCUUAUGGUACAGGAAAGGUUUGGGAGAAGUUUGUUAGAACUCGGAGGAAACAAUGCCAUUAUUGCUUUUGAGGAUGCGGAUCUCAGCUUAGUCACUCCUUCAGCUCUCUUUGCGGCUGUGGGGACAGCUGGCCAGAGGUGUACCACUGCGAGGCGCCUGUUUUUGCAUGAAAGCAUCCACGAUGAAGUUGUAACUAGACUUAAAAAGGCCUAUGCGCAGGUCCGUGUCGGGAACCCGUGGGACUCUAAUGUUCUCUAUGGGCCGCUCCACACCAAGCAAGCAGUGAGCAUGUUCGUUGGAGCAGUGGAAGAAGCGAAGAAAGAAGGUGGCACGGUGGUUUAUGGUGGCAAGGUUAUGGAUCGCCCUGGGAAUUACGUAGAACCGACAAUUGUGACAGGUCUCGCUCACAAUGCUUCCAUUGCACACACAGAGACUUUUGCUCCGAUUCUUUAUGUCUUUAAAUUCAAGAAUGAAGAGGAGGUCUUUGCAUGGAAUAAUGAAGUAAAACAGGGACUUUCAAGUAGCAUCUUUACAAAGGAUUUGGGCAGAAUCUUCCGCUGGCUUGGACCCAAAGGAUCGGACUGUGGGAUCGUAAAUGUCAAUAUUCCAACGAGUGGGGCUGAGAUUGGCGGUGCCUUUGGAGGAGAAAAGCACACUGGCGGAGGCCGGGAGUCUGGUAGUGAUGCCUGGAAACAGUACAUGAGAAGGUCCACUUGUACCAUCAACUACAGUAAGGACCUUCCACUGGCUCAAGGAAUUAAGUUUCAGUAAAGGUGAUAGUAAAUUGACAUUACUUCAAAUCUUUUAGGCUUUCUUGCAGCUCUUCUGAAGAAGACAAAAUUAAGAUUUGACCUGAAUACAUACAUCAUUUUCAAUCUGAAAGUAGCUAAUCCCUUAUCCCCAGAGGCCUGACUAAAUCGAGAGAUGCAUUUUUUUAAAAAACAAAAAUUGUCGUGACAUAGCGCAUCUGGUGAACAAUGGAUUGGGUAGAUUUUUCUGGUACUAGUAGUUCGUGAUUUUUUACAAGCUUAUUACUUUUCUAUCAUUUGGACAAAAUAGUACAUGCCAUGCAUGGUAGGAAUUUGGAAAACCACAGAACAGAAUGGGGAAGAAAAUGAAGUCUUCGCAUAGAGACAGAAACAUCUGAGUGAGUAAAGACUUAUGUAGGGAGUAUCGAUUUACAUUACGUCCUGGAGAUUGUAGUGGAAAGGUUGGAAGGUAGUUGUAUCCUUUAUGUGUGGAGGACCACGGCACAGUGUCCAUGUGGAACGACUUGGUCUGUUUAAAGUGACUGAGGGUAUUUCACCCUUAUGCCUUCUUGUGCUCAUGAUGGCAUGUGUAACCGCAGAAGAGGUUUGCAGGGUGGAUGUAGAUUUUGCUCCUGCUCUCGAACCUGUACCUGCUGAGGACUCUGCCCUUGGAGAAUUCUGUUGAAAGUGCAUCUAGAUUUCUCAAGCAACCUUAGACGAUUUUGUUGAGCUGUUAGGCUUCUGCGGUCACCCUUGGAUUUGUUUGUGGAGAAUCAUGCAUUUCAGCAUGUGUUAGUGGCAGACUGGGGGAAGUUCACUUCCUCUUUGCUGAGAAUCUGCUUCCUCCUGGGGGAAGCUGCCCAGGAGCCCCUGGAGUGGUUCUGCUGGGGUUUCCUGUCUUCGGCUCUGGCAGUUCGCCUGUCUUCCUGGCCACCUGCACUUCCUGCUGGGUAGCAGCCUCCACUCCCUCUGCUCCUGCUAGAGUGGACUGGACAGAAGCCUUUGAAGAAGGUGAUGUUUGUAGAUGACCUGAUUCAUCAGCAUCUGUGGAGAGACUUGGACAAUUGGCAGAAAGUCUGGGGUUGAGUUAUGACCCAGGGAGCUAAGCAAAUGAAAAAUAAUGCAAUUACCCACUUACAACAGGGAAGGAGAGGUGUUCACCAUCCGCUCCAUGGCCCGGCUGUGACUAGUGCUCACCUGGACAUGCUAUUGCCACCCUGGAUUAUUAAUCAAACCAAAUAUUAAGCCCAGAUGCUGAGGAUCUAGAACAUGUUGGCAGGACGAAGUCAGGGGUGAAAGUCAGAGGUCAGAAAGGUAGACAGUUCUUCAUGUUCUGCAGUAGAAAACCAGAAAUAUCUAAAUUUUCAAAUCAAGAAAUAUAAUGUAGGCUUCAGAAGACCUAAGUUCUGGAGGAAGCAUUGCCCCAGGGGAGGCCAGGGGUGUGGCUUGGAGAACUAUUUGGCUCUGUGAAUUGAGAGAAUGUGUAGCUUUAAUAAAAAUGAAAAUCCACAAAAGAGAAAAUGAUAUUGGAGAAUCAGGUACUUGGAAUUCUGCAUUUCCAGACCCCUUUUCCUCCACUGCGUUCCCCUGCAUGUCCAUGCGCACUUGGAUGCUCUUCAUUAUGGAAACAGAGACUCUUUAAAUAUGUCACGAGAUGGUCCCACUGAAAGCCAAAAUAUCCUCCAUGUUUUAAAGUUCAAAGUAGACUAGAUUAUGGUGGCAGCAGCUCGGUGUAGAAGUCUAAAAAUGAUUCUGAAAGCUUUCUUUGGAACGACUAAUUUUUCUACAUUUAUUUCUAGCAACAAGGACAUGUUAUAAUGUUUAUUAAAAAAUUUUACCUUUAAA